GGAGUUCACUCUGUGACCACGCCUCGGGAGUGCUAGUCACACCUCCAACUUUGGCCAGCCCCUCCUUCCAUUCCAGGCCUCUCUGGAUCAGCCAUUCCUAUUGGCUACCGGCCCCAUCGGUCGAUAGGAGGCGGGCGGUGAUUGGUAGGGGGGUGGGCUCUACUUCCCGGCGGGGUCCCGCGGAGUUGGCCCAGGCUCCUCCAGGGACGAGGGGACCGAGCUGCGUAGAAGCGGGUGGCGGGGAAGCGCGGGGCGGAUAGCCCUGAGAGGGAAGCGGAGCCGGGGGCCCGAAGCCCGACGCGUCAGAGCCAGGCAAGUGAACCGGAGCAAACGACUUCCGAUCCCGUCCGCGCCGCUGCGGCUCCCGUUUGGGAUUUGAUUUGCAGCAUCUUCCAGCCUGUGCAACAAAAAACCGCGAAGCACGCCCAGCCCUCCCCCGGCACCCCGUACGCACCCAUUCCCUGCCGGGGACACAGCUGGGCGCGUCCACACCCCCGCACCCCCACACCAUGUUGUGCGGAAGGACUUCCACUCCCCGCCUGUGUCGUUGAUGUCAGACCCCAGGCCAGCCUCCGGGCGCUGCAGUUCUCCUGGCUAAUGCUGAGGCUGCGGCUACGGCUCUAGUGCAGGAACCAGCCGCCGCCGCGCCCGGCCCCAGCGCCCACCGUCUGCAUGUGCCGGCGGUAGCCGCCUGCCCAGCCCGCAGCCCGCGCUCCCCGGAGCGCUGGAGACCACCGCGGGGGGCCCCUUCUGCCCUCGGGAGAAGCGGUCUUGGAGGUAUUGAUCUCGGUGGUUGGAUUUUUCCCGUGGAUCUAUCAAUUCACCAUUUGAAUUUGGAAGAAAGAAGAAAAACAUGACGUCUCCAGCCAAAUUCAAAAAGGAUAAGGAGAUCAUAGCAGAGUAUGAUACUCAGGUCAAAGAGAUUCGUGCUCAGCUCACAGAGCAGAUGAAAUGCCUGGACCAGCAGUGUGAGCUCCGGGUGCAGCUGUUGCAGGACCUCCAGGACUUCUUCCGGAAGAAGGCUGAGAUCGAGAUGGACUACUCCCGCAACCUGGAGAAGCUGGCAGAGCGCUUCCUGGCCAAGACGCGUAGCACCAAGGACCAGCAAUUCAAGAAGGAUCAGAAUGUUCUCUCUCCAGUCAACUGCUGGAAUCUCCUCUUAAACCAGGUGAAGCGGGAGAGCAGAGAUCACACCACGCUGAGUGAUAUCUACCUGAAUAAUAUUAUUCCUCGAUUUGUCCAAGUCAGUGAGGAUUCAGGAAGACUCUUUAAAAAGAGUAAAGAAGUUGGCCAGCAGCUCCAAGAUGAUUUGAUGAAGGUCCUGAAUGAACUCUACUCGGUCAUGAAGACAUAUCACAUGUACAAUGCCGACAGCAUCAGUGCUCAGAGUAAGCUGAAGGAGGCAGAAAAGCAGGAAGAGAAGCAAAUAGGCAAAUCGGUGAAGCAGGAGGACCGGCAGACCCCACGCUCCCCCGACUCCACAUCUAAUGUCCGCAUUGAGGAGAAGCAUGUCCGGAGGAGCUCAGUGAAGAAGAUUGAGAAGAUGAAGGAGAAGCGCCAAGCGAAGUACACAGAGAAUAAACUGAAGGCUAUUAAAGCCCGGAAUGAGUACUUGCUGGCUUUGGAGGCAACCAAUGCAUCUGUCUUCAAGUACUAUAUCCACGACCUGUCUGACCUUAUUGAUCAGUGUUGUGACCUGGGCUACCACGCCAGCCUGAACCGGGCACUGCGCACCUUCCUCUCCGCGGAGCUCAAUCUGGAGCAGUCAAAGCACGAGGGCCUGGACGCCAUUGAGAACGCUGUGGAAAACCUGGAUGCCACCAGUGACAAGCAGCGCCUCAUGGAGAUGUACAACAACGUCUUCUGCCCACCCAUGAAGUUCGAGUUCCAGCCCCACAUGGGGGACAUGGCUUCCCAGCUCUGUGCUCAGCAGCCUGUCCAGAGUGAGCUGGUACAGAGAUGCCAACAACUGCAGUCUCGCUUAUCCACCCUGAAGAUUGAGAAUGAAGAGGUAAAGAAGACAAUGGAGGCCACACUGCAGACCAUCCAGGACAUUGUGACCGUUGAAGACUUUGAUGUGUCCGACUGCUUCCAGUAUAGCAACUCCAUGGAGUCCGUCAAGUCCACCGUCUCUGAGACUUUCAUGAGCAAGCCCAGCAUUGCCAAAAGGAGAGCCAAUCAGCAAGAGACAGAGCAGUUCUACUUCACGAAAAUGAAGGAAUACCUGGAGGGCAGGAACCUCAUCACCAAGUUACAAGCCAAGCACGACCUUCUCCAGAAAACCCUGGGGGAAAGUCAGCGGACAGAUUGCAGUCUGGCCAGGCGUAGCUCAACUGUGAGGAAGCAGGAUUCCAGCCAGGCAAUCCCUCUGGUGGUAGAAAGCUGUAUCCGGUUUAUCAGCAGACAUGGACUACAGCAUGAAGGAAUUUUCCGGGUAUCAGGAUCCCAAGUCGAAGUGAAUGACAUCAAAAAUGCUUUUGAGAGAGGAGAGGACCCCCUGGCUGGAGACCAGAAUGACCAUGACAUGGAUUCCAUAGCUGGUGUCCUGAAGCUUUACUUCCGGGGCCUGGAACACCCUCUCUUCCCAAAGGACAUCUUCCAUGACCUGAUGACCUGUGUCACAAUGGAUAACCUGCAGGAAAGAGCUCUGCACAUCCGGAAAGUCCUGCUGGCCCUGCCCAAAACCACUCUGAUCGUCAUGAGAUACCUCUUUGCCUUCCUCAGUCACUUGUCACAGUUCAGUGAAGAGAACAUGAUGGACCCCUACAACCUGGCCAUCUGUUUCGGGCCCUCCCUGAUGUCAGUGCCUGAGGGCCACGACCAGGUGUCCUGCCAGGCCCACGUGAAUGAGCUGAUCAAAACCAUCAUCAUCCAGCAUGAGAACAUCUUCCCGAGCCCCAGGGACCUGGAGGGCCCGGUCUACAGCAGAGGAGGAAGCACUGAGGAUUACUGUGACAGCCCUCAUGGAGAGACUACCUCGGCCGAAGACUCCACCCAGGACGUGACCACCGAGCACCACACGAGCGAUGAUGAGUGCGAGCCCAUUGAGGCCAUUGCCAAGUUUGACUACGUGGGCCGAACAGCCCGAGAGCUGUCCUUCAAGAAGGGGGCGUCCCUGCUGCUGUACCAGCGGGCUUCGGAUGACUGGUGGGAAGGCCGGCACAACGGCGUCGACGGCCUCAUCCCCCAUCAGUACAUCGUGGUCCAAGACACCGAGGACGGUGUCGUGGAGAGGUCCAGCCCCAAGUCUGAGAUUGAGGUCAUUUCUGAGCCACCUGAAGAAAAGGUGACAGCCAGAGCGGGGGCCAGCUGUCCCAGUGGGGGUCAUGUAGCUGAUAUUUAUCUUGCAAACAUCAACAACACCUUACAUCCCGAGCACUCAGCGCCCACAACCGCCAAGCAAAGGAAGCGGCCGGAAUCUGGGAACAUCCGGAAAACAUUUCGGAGCGACAGCCAUGGGCUGAGCAGUCCCCUGACUGACUCUGCCUCCCCGGGGUUGGGGGCUAGUUGCCGCCCAUCCUCCCAGCCCAUCAUGAGCCAGAGCCUCCCCAAGGAGGGGCCAGAUAAGUGUUCCAUCAGCGGGCAUGGGAGCCUCAACUCCAUCAGCCGCCACUCGUCCCUGAAGAAUCGGCUGGAGAGUCCCCAGAUCCGGAAGGCGGUGACGGCAGGAAGGUCAAAGAGCUUCAAUAACCACCGGCCCAUGGACCCUGAGGUCAUUGCACAGGACAUUGAGGCAACUAUGAACUCUGCCCUGAAUGAGCUGCGGGAACUGGAGCGGCAGAGCAGCGUCAAACAUACCCCUGAUGUGGUUCUGGACACCUUGGAGCCCCUCAAAACCUCCCCAGUGGUGGCCCCCACAUCAGAGCCCUCCAGCCCCCUGCACACCCAGCUCCUCAAGGACCCCGAGCCCGCCUUCCAGCGCAGCGCCAGCACCGCCGGGGACAUCGCCUGCGCCUUCCGACCGGUCAAGUCCGUCAAGAUGGCCGCCCCGGUCAAGCCACCCGCCACGCGCCCCAAGCCCGCCGUCUUCCCCAAAACAAAUGCCACUAGUCCUGGUGUCAACUCAUCAGCUUCCCCACAGUCCACAGACAAGUCUUGUACUGUCUGAGGAAUAUAACUUAAUUGUUCUAGAAGGGGACUAGAAGGACUGUUAUUAAAAUCUUCCUAUUUAACUUGCUUGGGGAUUUAAAUUAAAAAUUAGAUUCUCAUUUGUUCUUGCAGGAAUUAGCCUCCCCAUCACCCAAAACCAUGAGAAUGAAGCCCUCAUUAUUGCCCUGCCCUGCCCGCUGCCCUCCACUCCCCCGUUGUCGUACUCAGCCAGCAGCAGCGCAUGCUGCUUGUAGGUUAGCCAGAGAUAGUCUUCAUCAUCAGUCACUGUGAGACCUGGCGCAGCAGGUCCUGGGGACGCGGGCGCCUGACCAGGUGACUGGCUGCUGACCCCCGGCGCCCAGUGGCAUCUUGUUUUGGGUACUGAUUAUAGAGUCAUAUAUAGUCCGUUCUUUGUCUCACACACACACACACACACACUCUCUCUCUCUCUCUCUCUCUCUCUCUCUCUCUUUUCCUCUCUCUCUCUCUCUCUCUGUCUCUCUCUCUCUCUCUUUUCCUCUCUCUCUCUCUCUCUCACUCUCCCUUUUUCCUUCUCUCUCUGUCUCUCUCUCCCCCUCUCCUGGUCUCUGGCCCCGCCUGGGUACCCUCUCCUGGUCUGACAGUCUCUUUGUCAGCUACUGUGCAGUUCCCACAGGUGCCACCAGGAGUCUCUGUUUCCGUUAUGCAUCUUGUUCUGUCUGGCCAGAGAAUUGAGCCUUUGAACUGUCGCCGUCACAUGAAAUUGAGCAGGAGGGGCCUGAUCCUGCAGUCUGCGCGGGUUGGGGGCGUGCUCGGUCUUCUUUCUAUUGGUGUGCAUAGUGUUUGCUUUUGCUCUGCUCCAUCCUCUAGAACUAUAACCCAAUCUUACUGCGGGACUUCUCAAGUUUUUCUGAAUGUAUAGACAUUUCUCGGAUUCCUAUCUUUGUCUCUGAUGGACCAUUUUCCAUUUAAGACAUUUUCCUGUACGAAGACAGUUUUAUAAGUGGUUCCUAUUAGGGUAAGGAGUGUUAAAGAGAGUUUUAAUGUGUUUAUGGUAGGUUUAGAAAAGGUCAGAAAUGGGUCCUUCCUCCCACUUCUGGGGACACCACUUAAGACCUUACAUUCAUCAUCCUAUUAAAAAUCAAAUUCACCUUUGCCAAAUUGUUCCCAAAUGAAAAAAACUUUUCACCCUCUGCUCUUGUUACUUUACAAGGGCUCCCUUCAGGGACCAGCGAGGGCUUCGAAAGCCCGAGGUAAAAUGAAGAGAGACUCUGCCCUCAAAGCCACUUUUCUUUUUUCCAAACAAGGACAACUAAGGGAGCUUUGGCCACAUGAGCUCCUAAGUCUUCCCAAGGACAGAAUUUAAAGAAAAUAAAAAAUAGGAUGCUGAAUGGCCUUCAUUUGGCCUUUUCUUCCUGGUUCCCCUCUGUCAGGGAAAAUGAUAAACACGUCUUUAAUCCAACCUCCAAACCCAGUGCCCGUGGACCCAGUUCCCCCAGCACCUGCUGUCCUAGGAGGAUCAGGACAGGGGCAUUGUAUACCAGGCUCGUGGGUAUCAGACAACUGCUCGAGUUAAAGCUAAAACUCAUUCCUCUUCUGUUUUCUGGUUUUAAAACUGCACUUUUAACCAUCGCAUUUUCUAUAGUUCAGGAGAGAUGGUGAGUUGCCAUGGAGACAGGAAAAUUUGAAUUUCCUUUGGUUAAGCCUAGAAGAUCCUUUUUGGACCAACAUUUUCAAGUUGGUAGUUGACUCUGAAGAGGGGCAAGGUUUUCCUCAUUCUGUAUGAAGGAGCAUUGCGGGCUAAUUUGAAGACUAACCUGCAACACCAGGAAAACCAUUCCAAGAGUUAGAAGGGAGGAACCAAGAGCUCCCUCGGGAAAGCGAGUCGGCCCGUGUGAAGUGCCCGCUGUCCUCUGCCUCCCGGCCUCAGUCGCUCUAUGUGGCGGCCUGUCCUCGUCGCUUAGCUGGACUUACACAGGCCCACGCCAGCCGCGGGGCUUUCGUCCCAAGGGCCUGCUCCUUGCUGAAAAUGAAACCCCACCCUUCACUUUACAUUCCUUGUGGUCCACUUGCUCCAAACUGGUGCCCCCACCUCCCUUUCCCUCUCUGCAGCACACUCCUAAGAGCAAAAGCCAAGCUCUCUAGUGACACACUUGGGCCUCUUCUGUUGCUCCUGCCUUACUCCCCUCAGCCCUGCUCACGACUGUGUCCACCUGCCCUCAGCUGACUUGCAUCAUAAACUGGACAGUGCGAGCAGGCGCCCUCCCCCAGCUCCAGGGGCCAAGUUGUCUUCCUUUCUCUGGUGCUCCUACACCUGUGGGAUGGUCCUUUCGAGAGGACUGGGAACCCCUAAAAGGAGAGUCCUCCUCAGCAGCGCUCAUCGCCAUCAACUGAAAUCCAGGCUGCACGCUGGGAUUUCUACACCGAAAAGCCAAAAGGAGCUGCCGGGCCGGGGAGACCGGCCUUCCUCGGAUGCGCUCGCCUAAACCAGCACAAUGCUUCCGGAGCCCACUGUGCCCCUCGAGGGACAGAUUCAUUUCCUGGCGUGGACUCUGAUGGGUCAGUCUUUGGGGAACAAAGGUGGGGUGGGGCUACCAGCAUCCCAAUUUGGAAAACAGAGGAGUUUGCAGCCGACAGCCUGUAAACUGGAAACACUGGUCUCAGCCAACCUCCUCAGGGCACCCCGGUUUCUCCCCAAGGAGAGGAGGAGCGAUAAUGCCAGCAACAAGAUGAACAGACCACUGGAAGGCUGGUGUGUGUGUGCUUCACCUUCAGAAGAGAAGUUAGAUCUUCCAGGGAAUUGCAAUAUUGUGGCGUCUGACUUGUAUGUCACAUUUGUGUAAAAUGGUAUAUUCUUUAAAAUAGUGUUGAUAACUGGAAUAUUGUAUGUAUGCUUGGAGAUGCUUUGUGUGAACUUAAGACUGUCACAACACAUGUUGGAUUGGGGAAAAUCCAAAGCACAACUUCAAAAUAAAAUACGUUUUUAGGUUUCGAUGCCGCA